AUUUACAGAAUUAGCAUCACUGGGUUGAGCGAGUUUAACCUAUGCUGCCAUCUUGUCCAGCUGAUCACGUGACUCCCCCACAGCUAAUCUAUCAGUUUGGUCCUCUAGUUUCUCUCUGGACUUUAAGAUUUGAAGCCAAGCAUAGCUUUUUUAAGAGAGUUGUACGACACACUAGCUGCUUUAAAAACUUGUUGUUGUCCUUGGCAGAGAGACACCAGUUAUCCAUGGCACACCAGCUCUACUCAUGUAGCUUUCCUAAGCCUCUACUGGAAGUGAAAAAGUUCUCAACUGUUUGCAUUGACGUCCUGAAAGAUGAUAUUGCACAGGCUGUCAAACACCCAAAUGUGAAGGAAGUUUCUUUGGCCGAAAAUGUCAUCUAUAACGGAUUUAACUACAGACUUGGAAUGAUCCUUGCUCAUGGAUCAAUCGGAGGGAUGCCUGCAUUCACUGAAAUCAUCCAGAUGGUGGUUCUCAAAAAGGAAUUGGUCUUCAUUGUUCGGAAACUAAGUUCUUGGUACAUGGAACACUACAGAGCCUAUCAACUCGAAAUCUCGCUUCAAAGAAGAUUGAAGUUUUUGAGGCAUCUCAACUGACCGAUCCUUACCCCCUGGCAGACUACACAGUUGGGGCCAUGCGGCUUAUUACACUCAAGCGAUAUAUUCAAGAGGAUCUCCAAACAUGGCGGGCGUCACGUGGCUCCUGGUGAUUUUAGAAGGGGACAGUCGCAUCAAGCUGGAGCUUCCUAAUGGCAUCCCCUCCUCGGUUGACGAAGUCAUCCAAGAAAUAACGAAUUUCUGUGGUCUAACUAAUGAAAUACGGCUUCAAUACAAAGACGCUGAUUUCGGCACUUGGGUUAACUUAACUUCAACUUCAGAACUCAAGGAUCUUGCCACUUUGAAAGUUAUUAAUGUAGUACCCAGUGUGACUUUAUUCUUAGAGCCAGUGGAAUACUCUGUGGAUAAUGUGAUGAAAACUUCUGUGCAGAAAGGAUGGAAACUGGAGCGACUUUAGUCAAACACUGAUAUUUAUUGUGAGUAGAAUACGGCCGGAGAGGUCCCAAAGUAUAUCACACUUCCUUGUGAGCCACCUAGCAACACUCUAAAGACAAAGCGUGGAAACAUGGAUAGAUAUAUCCUUAAAGGAGGGUCCUAAAAAGCCCGCCUUUCCUAUCUUAAUCAUUACCAGACAUUGGAACAAAGAACCCGUUUGUAUUACAAACCCACAUGUGCCAAACCCCUCCCCCACAGGAAGUCAGAGGACCUCUUGACCUGUGUCCUUCUCACAUUACAGGCAGGAGUAUAUGUGAUUUAACGAAAAGCAUAUCUUUGUGACUAACAGUUUCUCAGAAUAGCUGAGAAACUCAAGACACAAAGAGAUCGGAUUAAAAUAUUCUCUGACAGAUAAGGCUAAUUUUCAAAGCCAAGAUGAUUCCAGUAUGUCUUCAUCUGCAUGCUCAGGUGACACAUUACCCGUAAGCAGCCCUUCUUCGGGACACCUACAGAAAGGAGCAGUGGCCCAAGGUGUUCCUCAUCCCUACUUUCUCUCAUUCAACAGAAACACAACUUAGGGAUGGAAAUGCAGAGCACCAGAGAAGCCAGGUUAGACUCACUCCCAGCUCUAAAAUGCUUUCCAACAUACUGGAAACGCUCGCUGACAAAGUCUAUUCAUACAAAUCCUAUCCUAGCGAUGCAGACUUCAGUGAAGUGGCAGAGGCACUCACACAGACACACCCCUGUCUGAAAGAACCUGGGUCCUUCAACCACAGUUACGGAUGGAAACAGAGACUCAAGACGAAGAUGUACAACUAUCGCACAUACCUGAAAUCACAUAGUUCAUCAUCUGACGAGCUGACUGUGAAUACUGUGAAAAGAAAGUUGCCGACGGAUGCCCACCCAGCAAAGAACAUAAAGAAACCUAGGCGAGCUGAGUCUAAUCAUUACCCAUCUCUGCCUUUCAACGAGACACCAGAGUCCAUGGAGCAAGAGAGAGUGGCCCUCAUGUCUGAGGUAAAGAAAAGGAACAAUGUCCAAACAAUAAGACAGAAGAUGGCUCGGACGUUCGCAUUUCGGAGGCAAGAAAUUGUCGACAAGAAAACAUCUUUGCACGAAAUGAUCGAGAGAUGGCCAGCACUCUUCGAAGUUCAAGAGGUGAAUGAAGCAUUCAUCAGAGUAACCACAAUACCCCUUGAAGCAAGGUUCAUGCAGAAACUUGACGAGAAGUGCAGUGAACUAAUUCAAGUCGUCAGAAAGAAGGGUGGAGCUAUCCGGGAGAAGACAAAGCUCCUGCCAUUUGUGGAAACGGAUACUGACACCACUACAAAGAAGGAGAUUGCUCUCAAAUGUCUCAUCCUCAACAUGGGAGAAUCGGUGGAGGACCUGAUCAAAGAAUUCCUGGUGUCGGAGAAGGAUGAGGCUGGACAAAUUCUUCAGCGGGAAACUAUCGCAAUCUUCGUCAUCAGAGAUGCACAAGUCGCAACCAAAGACAUUGGCAUCAUUCUUGAGGGACAAGAGGUUGUGAAUAAGUUGGCGUCUGUUGCAAAUACUGUCGCCAUUCUCCUGGGCUUCCUUUAUGCUCUCAAUCUGGAAUAUAUAAAAACUGUCAUAGCAAUUACCCUGUGGCACUGAUGGGCUCUGCUCUGGCUGGUAGAGUACGCAACUGUUUUGCGUACGCAUUUGGUUUCAAAGGUCAAUAAUAUGUUUGGCU